GACUGCGGACACAGUACAGGGAUGACCAGAGACUGCGGACACAGUACAGGGAUGACCAGAGACUGCGGGGACAGUACAGGGAUGACCAGAGACUGCGGACACAGUACAGGGAUGACCAGAGACUGCGGACACAGUACAGGGAUGACCAGAGACUGCGGACACAGUACAGGGAUGACCAGAGACUGCGGACACAGUACAGGGAUGACCAGAGACUGCGGACACAGUACAGGGGAUGACCAGAGACUGCGGACACAGUACAGGGAUGACCAGAGACUGCGGACACAGUACAGGGAUGACCAGAGACUGCGGACACAGUACAGGAGAUGACCAGAGACUGCGGACACAGUACAGGGAUGACCAGAGACUGCGGACACAGUACAGGGAUGACCAGAG